GAUUUCUAAUGCAAGGUAUCAUCAAUCAACAGCUUAUUGAUUUUAUAGGCUCAAAACACCUUAGUCUUUGGUUAAGUUUCUAGUUCCUUGCCAAAAUGGUGAAGAUAGGUUUUGGUACCUUUGAUGACUCUUUUAGCGUUGCCUCACUUAGGGCUUAUUUAUCAGAGUUCAUUGCCACUUUGAUUUUUGUCUUUGCUGGAGUUGGAUCAGCCAUUGCUUACAAUGAGCUAACAUCAGAUGCAGCCUUGGAUCCAGCUGGUCUAGUGGCAGUUGCUGUGGCUCAUGCAUUUGCACUAUUUGUUGGUGUGUCCAUAGCAGCCAACAUCUCCGGUGGACACUUGAACCCUGCUGUCACUUUUGGUUUAGCUAUUGGUGGCAAUAUCACCAUCCUAACUGGUUUCUUCUAUUGGAUCGCCCAAUUACUCGGCUCCAUCGUCGCAUCUCUUCUCCUCAACUAUGUCACCUCUAAGAGUGUUCCAACCCAUGGUGUAGCUGCUGGAUUGAACCCUAUUGCAGGACUAGUGUUUGAGAUUAUAAUAACAUUUGGGUUGGUUUACACUGUUUACGCCACAGCAGCGGACCCGAAAAAGGGUUCAAUAGGUACCAUUGCACCAAUCGCUAUUGGGUUUGUUGUGGGUGCCAACAUCUUAGUGGCCGGUCCAUUCAGUGGCGGAUCAAUGAACCCGGCUCGCUCAUUCGGUCCGGCUGUUGUUAAUGGAAACUUCGCUGAUAACUGGAUCUACUGGGCUGGUCCAUUGAUAGGAGGAGGCUUGGCUGGGUUGAUUUAUGGUGACAUCUUUAUUGGUUCAUAUGCUCCGGCACCAGCAACCGAAACAUACCCUUGAAAAUGAACCGUUGUUGUUGAGGGUUCUUUGUUCCAACCUUAAACUUUGUUCACUGUUUGCAUGAUUUCUUGAAUUUCUUGGCUUUUUUUUCUUUCAGAAAUGAAAAUUGUAACUUUUAUUUUCUAUCCACUGCUUGUAAUAAUUUGUAAAUUAUAAAGGUAUGAAUGAAGUUCUCUUUCUUUUGAUCUUAAAAA